AUGGGCUCUGAGAAAAAGAAGCUUUUAGAAAAAUUUCCUGUUUUAAAAUUUAUUUCUGGAAUACGAGAAGAAAUUGAAAAAUUAUGGCGUAAAUUUUAUCAACUUUAUCAACUUUUAAAAACACUAUUUCCUUCUGAUGAUAUAAUUAAUAGAUUUGAAAUUGAUGCAAAAAAAUGGAUUUGUACAUUUUAUAAACCAGCUGAAGGUGCAAUGAAUUCUACUUUUCAAAAGCCAGGCUUAUAUCGAAAAGAAGAUAUAAGUCCAUAUAUGCAU